AUGAAGUUUGCAAUCGUGGCUACUUGUGCCCUACUGGUCACCCUACUUGGAGCCGUAGAGGUUCGGGCGGGCACCGUUGUCCAGGCACCACGUGAUAAUGCGCUUGACCAGAUGAUUAUUGAGUUGUUGGAGAACUUCAAGCAAUCGAUGACCUGUGGCAUUCCCGAUCUCGGUGUUCCUGUUCUGGCACCGUUCGAGCUGGACCAUUUCGAGGUGAACAUCGAGCAGAAGGGUCUUAAAUUCAAAGGGGAGAUGAACAACCUGCUUGUGGAUGGACUGAAUGAGUUCGAAAUCAAGAACGUCCACAUCAACGUGCUGAAGCUCCAGCUGACCUUCGAGCUCUACUUUGCAUCCAUCCGCAGCAAAGGCGACUACCGAGCGAAGGGCAAAGUCAUCGGACUUUUUCCCUUCAACCGCAAAGGCCCAUUCCAUUUCAACGUGAACGGAGUUACGCUGAAGGGCAGCGUGAAAGUUGGCAUCAGCGGUGAUAACGUUCAAGUGCGCGAACUUCAAAUCACACCGACCGUAGAGACGGUCAACUCCGAUCUGAAGAACGUGUUCCUGCUGCCACUGAACACGUUCAUCUUUAACCGCAUCGUCGAGGGCGUUCUGCCUGGUAUGAUCAACGAUAACAAAGACGACAUCACGGCGGCGAUCGAGGAUAAUCUUAAACCGGUCAUUAAUGAACUGCUGGGUGAUAUUACACUGCAAGAUCUGAUCGAUAUGGCGUCUGGUGAAGGAUCUUCCAUUCCGACUACUUGCUAGAAGGGUUGACAAGGGAUCCUAGA